GUUGGAUUCGGGGAUUUCCCCAGAAUGGAAGACAGAGUUGCUAAGCUUUGAAAUUAUCACACAUUAUUUGUCAAAUUACCUACAUUCCUACAUAAAUAUGGCAAACGAUACUGUGCCAGAUGAAGCCCCUACUGAUGGAGAACAAGUAGAGGCCCCUGCUGACCCCACUGCUGUGAACAUUGCCAUAAAAUAUGCUUACAAAGGCGAUGCCUCACGAAUCGUCAAAGCAUUUGAAGAUGCUGAAGACCCCUACAAUGAGGUCAUUCAGGAUCAGAUUCAUGUUAGGUCGGAGAAAGAUGAUGGUAAAACACCGCUUGAUGUAGCAGCGAUGCUCGGGAGGACCGAUUACGUUAAACAACUUAUUGAAAGGGGCGUAGAUGUCAAUGUUGUUUCAUGCAAAGGUUAUACUGCCCUCCACAGAGCAGCAGCUUGGGGAAAGAUAGAGGCACUCAAACCAUUAGUGGAGGCUGGGAUCGAUCUGCAGCUGAAGACGGCUAGUGGUGAGCGUGCCAGAGAGGUGGCGCUGCGGUACAACCAAACUGAAUGUGUGGACUAUUUGGACUGGGCAGAGGCCAAGGUUGCACUUUUGGAUGCUAUCAAGAACCUUCGUGAAACUGUGGCGGACCCCGAGAAAGUUCAGGGAAGAUUGACUAAAGAUGACAAGAACGUCAGCCUGACGGCGUGCAAUGAGAAACAGGACUGGGUCGACGUGACGACCGACGCCACAACACAAGACUUCAUUCUUCAGAGACAAGAGCUCGAUGAGGUACUUGCUCCAGUUUGGAUCAAGCUGACCGAACCACUUGUCAUACCAGCGCCCUCGCAUAAGAAAUAACUGCUGAGGAGAGGUUGUAAGUAGCAUACAAUUACUUACGACGCACGAGAAUCUGGGCGCAUUGCCCGUCUCGUAUCGUGUCAAUCAAGAGUGAUAUGAUUUGUACUUAUUGACCUGCAACCGAAGUGGUAUUCCCUGAUGUCAGGGAAGAUACCCUUAUUUUCCUCACCUCUCCCCAAGAUUGGUCGUGUCACAAUUCCCGUUUUUGAAUGAUUUCAAUCACUAUCCAGGAUUUCAUUCAAGAGUUGUCUGUAUCAUCAGUUAUUUUCUAAAAGUGUACAGUUGAGAAGUGUAAAAAUGUAAAAGUGUACAGUUGAGAAGUGUGAAAAUGUAAAAGUGUACAGUUGAGAAGUGUGAAAAUGUAAAAGUGUACAGUUGAGAAGUGUGAAAAUGUAAAAGUGUACAGUUGAGAAGUGUAAAAGUGUAAAAGUGUACAGUUGAGAAGUGUGAAAAUGUACUAAAAGUCGUUGUGGUUUCUUGGAGUGUUGUUUUCCAUUUGAGAGGAGAGUGCUGUGAUGUGAAUCUAGAUUUCCUCGGCGAGGUGGUUGACUGUGACUCGGAGAGGUGUAGUUGGAGUGUUGUUUUCCAUUUGAGAGGAGAGUGCUGUGAUGUGAAUCUAGAUUUCCUCGGCGAGGUGGUUGACUGUGACUCGGAGAAGUGUAUUUUCUUGGAGUGUUGUUUUCCAUUUGAGAGGAGAGUGCUGUGAUGUGAAUCUAGAUUUCCUCGGCGAGGUGGUUGACUGUGACUCGGAGAAGUGUAUUUUCUUGGAGUGUUGUUUUCCAUUUGAGAGGAGAGUGCUGUGAUGUGAAUCUAGAUUUCCUCGGCGAGGUGGUUGACUGUGACUAGGAGAAGUGUAGUUUCUUGGAGUGUUGUUUUCCAUUUGAGAGGAGAGUGCUGUGAUGUGAAUCUAGAUUUCCUCGGCGAGGUGGUUGACUGUGCCUCGGAGAGGUGUAGUUUCUUGGAGUGUUGUUUUCCAUUUGAGAGGAGAGUGCUGUAAUGUGAAUCUAGAUUUCCUCGGCGAGGUGGUUGACUGUGACUCGGAGAAGUGUAGUUUCUUGGAGUGUUGUUUUCCAUUUGAGAGGAGAGUGCUGUGAUGUGAAUCUAGAUUUCCUCGGCGAGGUGUAGUUUCUUGGAGUGUUGUUUUCCAUUUGAGAGGUGAGUGCUGUGAUCUGAAUCUAGAUUUCCUCGGCGAGGUGGUUGACUGUGACUCGGAGAGGUGUAGUUUCUUGGAGAGGUUGUUGCUGAGAAUCCACAGGGUGAUGACAUUGUCAAAAAGUGCGAGCCUUUCAUUGAUGAUACUGAGUUGCUGUUGUUUGAGUGCUAAAGUUUCUCCUUAAUUUCAUAAGUGAGUUUUGGCAAUUAAAAAUAAAGUCGCUCCUGUAUUAUUAUUAUUGUAUAUUUAUAAGUGUCAUCCAUUGGUACAAUAAUGGCCAGUCAUUUAUGGUUUACAAGACACUAUUUCAAUUUUGGUCCUGUUCGGGGGUUUCUGCAGGAGCCCGCGCCAUCGGCUGUUGGUGCUGUGGAGACUAGCUAUUAGGGGGCGUUACGCACCUUAAGCGACGAUACACAAAAUGUCGUCACCACCCCAGCCUACUCGUGAUUGCUCAGCUACACCACCAGUCGCUAAUGUAUUCAUAUUGACUUCAUAUGAUACAAUAGUCAUACUGGUCUGUAUAUGACCAUAGGCACCACCAUUUCGAACACCACUCGAAAUCCUGUAGCAAAUAGAAACUCUUUCCAAACGUAGUGCAUGCCAAUUUCGAGGGUGGGAGUCAGUUGGUUGUUUUCCAGAGAAUGGACUCCCACCCUUCAAGUUGGCUUUCUCAUCAUUUUUGAAGGAGUUCUAAUUGAAUAGCAUUCCGCGACGUUACUAUUUAUAGCUCACAAGUUCAUUUGAAUAAGAUAUUGAUGACGUUUUAGUCACGUGACAGUCGGACAUCGACACUUAUUUCUACGCAUUUGAGCUUAUUUCGAAGUCAAUUAUCUUUGACCCUGCAUUGUUUUUAGCAUGAAUGAUACCAUAGAGUCAGAGAGAGAAAUAUUCAGAACAAUUAUGUAGUAUUUCCAACACUCGGACAUGUGCCAGAUUGAAUCUAACUGCCCUAGUUAGAAAGCCUGAAUCCAUUACGAAACCGCAUGUUUGUCCGACAUUGCCUGCAAUUCAGCGAUGGGGAAAUAGAGGGCAGCAGCUGCAGUGACGUCAUCUUCGCGGAAUGCUAUUUCAGAAUUUAAAAGUCGAGCCAAAGUGGUGUAGUACCUGUUGUCUACCCUUGGUCAUUGACAUCAGCAGGUCAAUAGGUAUAAUAGGAAGUGUUUAUUCUCGAUUUGCCAGAACUCACUAUUGUAUUUAUCCAUCCCUUCACAUUUUUUUAAUAACCAGGGUGGUGGUAAAAACGUAUGGCGUACCUUGUGUAAGAAUUUCAAUGGAAAUGAUGGACGUAUGUGCAUUUCAGCACUGGCCAGACCCAAGAGACAAAUCAAAGGCAUUGAGCAUGGAGAAAGUAUCACGUCGGAGGUUGACGUCAUGCACUACAAUGUCCUGUGCAUGCACCAAUUUUGACGUCGUGAUGACAUCAAAUCGUAAUAGUUAACCUGAAAUAUGACUUUGCAAAUCCUGCCUAUAUUAAGUCAUUUCUAUCAGAAUUUUAACAUGUCCGUUUUCCUUUUG